UUAUCCUAAUCUUCUUCUUCCUCUCACACUCUCAUCUCCUCCCUCAGACCCAAAAUUCAAAACCAGAAAACAAUGGCCGCCUCUCUCUCUACUCUCACACUCGGCACUCCUUCUUACCCAUCGACCACCACCUCUUCCUUCCCUUCCCACACUCCCAAACCCUCCCUCCAAUUCCCCUUCACCCCCCAAAACCCUACCCUCUCCCACCGCGCAACCCACCUCCGCCCCGUCGCCGCCGUCGCCGCCGCCCCGGAGAAAAUCGAGAAGCUCGGCGCCGACAUCUCCAGCCUCACUCUCGAGGAGGCCCGCAUCCUCGUCGACUACCUCCAGGACAAGCUCGGCGUCUCCGCCGCCUCCCUCGCUCCCGCCGCCGCUGUCGCCGCUGCCCCCGGCGCCGGAGACGCGCCCGCCGCGGCGGAGGAGAAGACGGAGUUCGACGUGGUGAUUGAGGAGGUCCCGAGCAAUGCGAGAAUCGCGGUGAUUAAGGCGGUUAGGGCUUUGACGAGCUUGGCUUUGAAGGAGGCCAAGGAACUGAUUGAAGGGUUGCCUAAGAAAUUCAAGGAGGGGGUUUCGAAGGACGAUGCCGAAGACGCCAAGAAGCAGCUGGAAGCCGCCGGAGCUAAAGUCGGAAUUGUCUGAGGGGAUAAGUGCUUCUUAGUAAACGAGCUUUUGUGAUUUCUGCGUACUACUUUUUUGUGCAUUUUGGAAAUUUGUAGGUACAAUGUGAUUGAUAGCUUUUGGUUCGGAUUCGAUUUCAAAUGCAUUUGGAAUUGCAAUGUUAAGGAGAAGAAAAAUUUGAUUACUUUUGUAGCUUUGAUAA